AUGGACCGGUUAACUAGGAUGCUCGCCGCCGCCCAAGGUGGCAUGGGCGGUAUGGGAGGGCCCCAGGGCGACACCAACCUGAUCGAUAACUCCGAAACUGUCUACAUUUCCUCCCUGGCGCUCCUCAAGAUGCUGCGGCACGGUCGCGCGGGUGUACCCAUGGAAGUCAUGGGCCUGAUGCUGGGCGAGUUCGUGGAUGACUACACAGUACGAGUGGUGGAUGUCUUUGCCAUGCCGCAGUCAGGAACCGGUGUGUCCGUCGAGGCCGUAGACCCCGUCUUCCAAACCAAGAUGAUGGACAUGUUGAGGCAAACAGGAAGGCAAGAGACCGUCGUCGGCUGGUACCACUCACAUCCUGGUUUCGGCUGCUGGCUGUCCUCGGUCGAUAUCAACACACAGCAGUCGUUCGAGCAGCUCACACCCCGCGCCGUCGCCGUCGUCGUCGACCCCAUCCAGUCGGUCAAGGGCAAAGUCGUCAUCGAUGCCUUCCGCCUCAUCAACCCGCAAGCCCUCAUGAUGGGCCAUGAGCCCCGCCAGACAACCUCCAACGUCGGUCACCUCAACAAGCCAUCGAUUCAGGCGCUUAUCCACGGCCUCAACCGCCACUACUACUCCAUCGGCAUCAACUACCGCAAGACUGCGCUGGAGGAGAACAUGCUGAUGAACCUGCACAAGCACGUAUGGACAGAGGCGCUGCUGAUGGACGACUUCAAGGGCGAGGGCGAGCGGAAUACCGACAGGCUGCAGAAGCUCGUCACACUGGCAGACGGCUACGAGAAGCGAGUGAAGGAGGAGACGGAGUUGACCAAGGACCAACUAAAGACGCGAUACGUCGGAAAGGUCGACCCCAAGAAGCACAUCUCAGACGUCGGCCAGCAGCUCAUCGAAGACAACAUCGUCUCCGUCUCACGGCAGAUGAUCGACAAGGAAGCCUCGGUACCAAAGUCGAACUCGCGGCAAAACGGCCAGUCAAGCGGCGGCGACGACAUGGAGAUGGAGGAGUAG